UGAAAAGAAUACAUGUUGUUAAUACAUUUUUUGCUUUUUUCUUCUAGAUUUGUUGGCAUUAAUGCAUCUGACAUAAACUACUCAGCCGGUCGAUACGACCCGUCAGCCAAACCCCCGUUCGAUAUAGGUUUGGAAGGUGUUGGCGACGUGGUAGCUUUAGGGCUGAGCGCUAGCGCUAACUAUUCGGUGGGCCAAGCCGUGGCCUACACAAAAUUGGGUGCCUUUGCUGAGUACACAGUUGUGCCUGCCAAAGACGCAGUGCCCGUGCCGGCCGUGAAACCCGAGUUUCUCACUUUAAUGGUAAGUGGUACCACCGCAUACAUCAGUCUGAAGGAGCUUGGAGGGCUCUCUGAAGGCAAGAAAGUCCUGGUGACAGCAGCAGCAGGAGGAACGGGCCAGUUUGCUGUGCAGCUUGCAAAGAAGGCCAAGUGCCACGUGAUUGGAACCUGCUCCAGUGAUGAAAAGGGUGCCUUUCUCAGAUCCAUUGGCUGUGACCAUACGAUCAACUAUAAAACCGAAAAUGUUGAAUCUGUUCUUAGGAGAUCCUACCCGAAAGGUGUGGAUGUAGUGUACGAAUCUGUUGGUGGAAAGAUGUUUGACUUGGCAGUUAACUCCUUGGCUACCAAAGGGCGCAUGAUAGUUAUUGGGUUUAUCACUGGCUACCAAAACCCUUCUGGCCUGCAGCCUGUUAAAGCAGAAUUGCUGCCAGCAAAACUGUUGAGGAAGUCUGCCAGCAUCCGAGGUUUCUUCCUGAACCACUACUUUUCCGAAUACAAUAUGGCUCUGAAGGACUUGCUCAAGAUGUAUGAGAAAGGGGAACUGGUUUGUGAGGUGGACCUUGGAGACGCCUCUCCAGAGGGCAGGUUCACUGGCUUGGAGUCUGUGUUCCGUGCUGUAGAUUACAUGUACAUGGGAAAAAACAUUGGAAAAAUUGUAGUUGAAUUACCUCACUCUGUCAACAGUAAGCUGUAAAAACAGAACAAUGAUAUAAAUCAGAUGAGAGAAAAUGGGCACUUUAUACUAGAAACAAUUUCUUAAACUUAGUAAUGGAUAUUAUAUUAAAAAACAGCAUUAAGGUGUUAAUAAAAAGUUCAGUUUUUUUUUUCUCCAAAAGGGCUUAAAUCAGUGGUGGCGGCAUGAACUGAAUGGGCCUGUGUUUGAU